AUGGUGGAUGGUGUUGCUGGCAUUGGGCCUGAUUAUAAAGGUCCUUCUUAUGAUAAGCUCAGGGUUAACUUAUUAGCCGAUCUCAAAAGGGAGUGUCAAAUAGUUGUUGAUAGCUAUAGGUCUGCUUGGAAAGAAAUUGGAUGUACCCUCAUGGUUGAUGGUUGGAUAGAUCAAAGGCAAAGAACGUUGAUUAAUUUGUUGGUUUAUUGUUCGAAAGGGUUGUGCUUUGUGAAAUCUGUAGAUGCUUCAAAUGUGGUAAAAAAUGCUUCAAGCUUGUGUGACUUGUUUUCUGAGGUGAUUGAAUGGAUUGGACCUGAUAAUAUUGUUCAUGUAGUGACUAAUAAUGCGGCGAAUUAUGUUGCUACUGGUAGGCUUAUUAAUAAGAAGUUUGAAAAUAUUCACUGGUCACCUUGUGCUGCUCAUUGCUUGAAUCUUAUUCUAAAAGAUAUAAGCAGCAUGCCACAUAUUUUUAACCUUGCAACACGUGCUUCAAAGAUUACCGUGUUUGUGUAUAAUCAUACGGUGUUUUUGUCCUGGCUAAGACAAAGAACUACUUGGAAGGAGAUUGUUCAUCCAGGUGCAACUCGUUUUGCCACUGUCUUAAUCACAUUGAAGAGUAUCUUUGAGCGCAAAAUGGAAUUACAAGCAUUGGUUGUUGAUACACACUUUACCGGACACAAAUUAGGAAGGAGUGCUAAUGGUAGAGCUGUGAGUGCAAUUAUCCUAGACAAUAAAUUUUGGGAUGAUUGUUUUACUGCAUGCAAAAUUGUGAGUCCGUUGAUUAAACUGAUGAGGUUGGUAGAUGCUGAUGAUAAACCAUCAUUGGAAAUUGUUUAUGAAAAUGAAUGGUGGAGGUUGUUUGGUGAUUCUGCUUCAUGUUUACAAAGCAUGUCAGUUCGCAUUCUUAGCCAAGGAUCUGCUUCUUCGGGGACAGAAAGACAAAAGAGAAAGCAAAAGGUACAAUAUGAUCCAAUCGAUAUUGAAAGUAUUAAUUUGGUUGACUUUUGGGUGACGGAAGAGGUUGUUGAAAAAGAGCCUGAUCUUCCAAAUGAGAUUGAUGUUGAUUUAGAUCAAGGUGGUGGUGGUGGUAGUAGUAGUAGUACAUUUUAUGCUGCACCACUUGAUUUUUCUAGUCCUAGUAGUGGACAUGAAGGUGAUGAUAUCAACAAAGCAAAUCUGCAAUAA